AUGGAGUUAUCACAUUCAAAAGCACGUGUAGCGUAUUACUACGAUGGCGACAUUGGGAAUUACUAUUAUGGUCAAGGGCAUCCAAUGAAGCCUCACAGAAUGCGUAUGACGCACAAUCUAAUUCUAAACUACGGGCUAUAUCGGAAGCUUGAAGUAUUUAGACCAAAGCCAGCGACAUUCGAGGAAAUGACACGGUAUCAUUCGGAUGAAUAUAUGAAUUUUCUCAAGGAUAUUCGUCCGGAUAAUAUUACAGAUUUUGCCACGCAAAUGGCUCGUUUUAAUGUUGGAGAAGAUUGUCCCGUUUUUGAUGGAGUUUAUGAGUUUUGUCAGCUUUCUUGUGGGGGAUCAAUAGCUGCUGCUGCUCGCUUGAAUCGAAAUGAUUCAGAAAUUGCGAUUAAUUGGAUGGGUGGUCUUCAUCAUGCCAAAAAGAGCGAAGCCAGUGGAUUUUGUUACAGCAAUGAUAUUGUUCUAGCAAUUUUGGAGCUUUUAAAAUGUCAUCAGCGUGUUCUUUACGUUGAUAUUGAUAUUCAUCAUGGUGACGGAGUCGAGGAAGCUUUCUACACGACAGAUCGCGUUAUGACUGUUUCAUUUCAUAAGUAUGGAGAAUAUUUCCCUGGAACUGGCGAUUUGAAGGAUAUUGGGGCUGAUAAGGGAAAACACUAUGCUCUGAAUUUCCCACUUCGUGAUGGUAUCGAUGAUUCCACUUAUGAGAAAAUUUUCCAACCAGUGAUUUCAAGAGUUGUACAACACUUCCAACCGUGCGCUAUUGUGCUACAAUGCGGAGCUGACUCACUAACAGGAGAUCGAUUGGGAUGUUUUAAUCUAACCCUAAAAGGUCAUGGAAAAUGUGUCGAAUUCAUGAAGACGUUUAAUGUGCCGUUGAUGCUUGUCGGUGGAGGCGGAUACACAAUCCGCAAUGUUUCGCGGUGUUGGUGCUAUGAGACAUCGAUUGCUCUCGAUGCACCGAUAACCAACGAUAUUCCAUACAACGACUAUUUUGAAUAUUUCACACCCGAUUAUAAGCUUCACAUAACGCCAUCGAGCAUGAUUAAUCAGAAUACCUCGGAUUACUUGGACAACACCAUGAGGGUCAUAAUGGAGAAUCUGCGACAACUUGACACGGCACCGUCUGUUCAAAUGCAACCGCUGCUCGAUGAAUCGCCGAUCGUUCGCACUUAUGAUAGAAGCAUUUCGUACGAAGAAGAUGAUUUCGAUCCGGAUGUUCGCGAGUCGAGUGUGGAAAGAGAUUUGUCGGUUGAGCACGAAGCCGAAUUUUAUGAUGAGCAUGAGCCGUCUAGAGAUGUUCAACUUAACAACAAGAGAAUGGCCGGAAGCCCGUUAAUUGCCGAAGAAGCAGAGCCAAAGAAGACGAGAGUGGAUCCAGAAGAAGCUGCGAAUUAA